AUGUCAGCUGAUUCAGUUGACCAGGUGUUUGAGAAAGCUAUAUCUACCAUCCACACCCUUUCUUCCUUGAAAGGUUACAAUUCAUUGCCUCGUCCCCCUGCUGAAAUCAGAACAGAGCUGUAUGCUUUAUUCAAACAAUCUACGGAGGGAGAUGUGGACCUAGUGCUCCAAAGACCAACUGUUGGAUCAGAUCUGCCGGAAUACAGCGUUGCAUUAAGGAAGUGGGAGGCUUGGAGGACAAAAACAGGUCUAAGUAAAACAGAAGCAAAAAAGCAGUACAUCCAAAAGCUUAUCUCUACAAUGAGAUCUUAUGCCACUGGAACUCUUGCAGCGCGCGAACUCCUAGCAGACCUUGAGUUUCUUUGGUCUCAAGUAGCACACGAGAAUGUUGGCGAUAGCGAGGAGAGCAACAGCAUGGCAAUGGCUCUGCAAGAUGAUCAACAGGACUAUAAGUCUCUGCGCUUGCGCCGAGAAAUCUAUGAGACUCUUUUUGCCCUGAAUGAAAGUAAAGCCAGCUCCUCUCGCGACCUUGAUGUUCAAAAUAAGCGCUACAAGAGAGAUCCCGACAGAGGAUUACCUCGCUUUCGUAAGAUUCUGCGAUGGGUCACUAUCUUCGUUUGCCGCAAGCUAAUCAAUUUGUUUAAAGCUAUGAUUUUUCAGGGAACAGUCCUCUUGGCUGCACUGGUCUUGGCAAAGCGGCUGAAUCUCUCACCACUCUCUAUUGAUUUGAAUAUUCCUAGGAACAAAAACUUCAACACUACUAGCAAAGGCUCACGCUACAAGGCUCUGUCAUAUAUUCGCAACGGACUCGGUGCUGCCUUCGAAUAUGUGAAUCGUACUUUGCAUCUCAAUUUACAUCAUAUUUACAUUAGCGUAAUUUAA